AUGGGAAAGGAUCAUUACUGUAACUUCAAAAGUAGAGUUAUCCAUCUUAUCAGUUUGUUUUUUCUGAGAAUCAUGAAUUUCUAUCUGGGACAUGAGGUUGAUUCAACCAGAGGAUGUACAAAAAAUGGAGCAGCUUAUCCAAUAAUCAUCUUUCAACUAAAACCGCGUGCUGAGAAAUGCAAUAGAUGUAAGAUUAACAGAGGUACAAAAGUAACUGCAGAUGAAAAGUGGGCGAGGGAGAGUCCUUGUUAUUUCUGUGAUUAUUGCUAUUCCCUUCUUCACUCCAAUGAUGAUGAGUGUCAUCUAUAUGGCGAAUUUUCUGUAUAUCAUUAUGUACAUGAUUAG